GCGCAUUGGCUCCCACUCGCGUCAAUCCCGCUGCGCGACUUCUGUAGGCUGGCAGACUUCCUUCAAUAUUAUAUAUUAUUUGUGGGGAGCAGGGUAAAAGUACUAAAAAAUGUUGCCGCUCCACAACACGGGGACGGACUGAAUGGAGGCAACGUUGUCAGCCAGCGGAGAUAAUAAAUCCGACUGUACUGUACCGCGACACACACCGGUAAGCAGAGAUACAAGGGCGGCUUGUUGACUUCUCCGUAAACGUCCAGCCCUCAGCCUCCCCAUGCCUCCAUCUCCCCUUGACGACAGAAUUGUGGUGGCGCUGCCAAGGCCGAUCCGACCUCAGGAACUCCAACUGCGCCUGGACACCAGCUACCUGGACUCCAUUGCCACCAGCACCAGCAGCAAGACAGUCAUCAGCACCACCGUGGUGAAGAUCCGGGCGACGGCCAAUCUUGUAACGUAUAUGCCCUCAUCCAAGGGCUCCACGCGCUCGUUGUCGUGUGGAUGCAGCAGUGCCAGCUGCUGCUCUGUGACUACCUAUGAGAAGGACAGCCAGAGCCUCAGCCACAGCCAGGUGAGUGCCAGCAGCCCCAACCUCAGCUAUGCUGGGCCCCCCACCCCUAUGGUCAGCAACCACGAAGCAUUAAGCGCCCCCAGUCUGCCGGGAACCCCUAAAGCCGUGUCAACCGUGAGGGUCAUCCACCCCAAUGAGCUGGCCAAACGGAUGACUUGCUGCCCCAUGGGACACCCUGUAGGGCCCGUCCCGGUCAUCAUCGACUGCCGGCCAUUCACAGAGUACAACAAGAGCCACAUCCGAGGGGCAGUGCACAUCAACUGCUCCGACAAGAUCAGCCGGCGACGGCUACAGCAGGGCAAGAUCACUGUGCUGGACCUCAUCUCCUGCCGGGAGGGCAAGGACUCUUAUAAGGGCAUCUUCUCCAAAGAGAUUGUGGUUUACGAUGAGAGCACCUUGGACCCCAACCGGCUGACAUUCUCCCAGCCACUGCAUGUGGUCCUGGAGUCACUGAGGAGAGAGGGCAAGGACCCCAUCAUCCUCAAAGGAGGCCUUAGCUGCUUCAGGCAGAGCCAUGAGGACUUGUGCGAUCACUCGUUGCACCUUCAUGAGGGCUUGGACACCGGUGCAGCUGCUGGCCUGACGGGGGCGCUACCUCACUCCCUGCCCUCCACCCCGGACAUAGAGAACGCAGAACUGACACCAAUCCUGCCGUUCCUCUAUCUGGGGAACGAGCACGACGCUCAGGACAUCAACCAGCUGCAGCGCUUUAACAUCGGCUACAUCCUAAACGUGACCACCCACCUGCCACUCUACCACUACGACACGGGCCUCUUCAUCUACAAGCGCCUGCCCGCCACGGACAGCAACAAGCAGAACCUGCGGCAGUACUUCGAGGAGGCGUUUGAAUUCAUUGAGGAAGCACAUCAAGCAGGUAUGAGCCUUCUGAUCCACUGCCAGGCAGGCGUGUCUCGUUCAGCCACCAUCGUGAUCGCCUACCUGAUGAAGCACACCUGGAUGACCAUGACAGACGCCUACAAGUUUGUCAAAACCAGGAGGCCCAUCAUCUCCCCGAACCUCAACUUCAUGGGCCAGCUGUUGGAGUUCGAGGAGGACUUGAACAACGGAAUAACGCCACGAAUCCUCACGCCAAAGCUGAUGGGUUUGGAAACCGUUGUCUAAACGAACCCAAUCGACUUGAUGCCCACACUUGAACUCACUCUCACGGUUUUUUCAAGAGAGGCCGGCUGCUCCGUUAGCUGGUUUGGAGUGUGGGAGAGAGAGAGAGAGCCACUGUUUUCUUCUUGAAUCUCCUCAUGCUCAUCUUGGACUCUCUGGAGUACCAAAGCUCUGGGUGAGUGGUGAUGUGAAAUGCCAAAAAUCCCUGCUGUUCGGACCUGGCCGAAGUCCCAGAGGAGAAGACGAGUUAUAGAGAUAUAGAGAUAGAGAGGUGCAGCGGUCAGUGGGAAGCUUUCCAUUUGUCACCACAGAGGAGCAAACAUGGGGGAAAAGGAAAUCGGUUUGGAAAAGAUACUCUAUGUGCUUAGGGGCAAUUACUGAGAAGAGAAACUCUUUAAGCUCACACUGUGGCACAGAGUUUAUAUUUGCAGACUCAGGCGGGGUUGGCCACGGCAGUGCCUGUCAAAAAAACAAAACAAACAAAAAAAAAGAUGCCGACUUGUAUGGUGUGUUAAUGUUGUUGUUCUAUUUUUAUACAGGGGUUUAUGGGGAUGACCAUGACGAGCCCACAGCGGCUUACUGUGCAAUAAUUUCAGAGUGGAAUGCAACUGAGACCUUGAUCUUAUGUGUAUAUAUCGGUAAUGAUUAUGACACAUUUUGAUGUUAAUGUAAUUACUGUCGUUCAGUUCUAUCUCAGUUUAUGUUUAAGGUGCAUACAGUUAUGCUGUAAUAUUUGGCGCAGAUAAGUGCGAGAGACAGAAAAAAAUUGGGUUCUACUUUUUGAAUGCAGCAUGAGGGUUUUAUGUCAUCUGUGUGUUUCCAAAAUACACAGAACCACAAAUUCAUAUUUCGUGUGCUUGCUUCUGUAUCUUCGUUUUGCCAUUCCUGCAUCCACAUAUUUUUAGCAAUAUGUAUAUAUGUUACCAGACAGCCAUAAGAGCUUUUUUAUGCAUGGCUGCUGGCAGAGGAAAGAACACUUUGAAAUAAUGAGUGAAUAUUGUCAAACAGGGCUACUGGUGAUGUUUCAUGUAACAGGACGGAGAACUUUCACUGCCUGCCUCUGUUGUCUCCUCUGUUCUUUUUUGCUCCCAUUCAACCAUGAGCCAGCUCUGUUGUAAUGCACUCCACUUUGUCCCUAUGUAGCUACAUGUCUUUGUGUCAGUGCCCUAAAUUUUGCGCUAUGAUUUAGUCCAUUGUAAGGUAGCAGAUUGAGGUACAGACUUCAAAUAAACAUUCACUUCCUCCCAUGGGUCACAGUUUAGUGUGGUACAGGAUGGUCCAGUAGAGCAGUGUGACCUUUGUCUAAUGUUUUGCAACUCCCUGUCGCUGACACUAAGCUACAGUUAAGUGAGCUCCUCUGCCUUCCAUAGGCAAGCGCUGCUGUCACGUGCUGCUCUAGUGCCUCUAUCAAUGCCUUAAUUCAUGUGUCACCGCUGGGCCUGCGCAUGGUACACCAUCACGUGCAGACGAAUGCAGAAUGCACCGAGGUCGAAUUAUAACUCACAGACAAAAGCAACCAAGCUUCUCUUGGCCUCUGUGCAAGAUACAGAUUUAACUUUUCAAAGAUUAUUUCUGCCGUUUCUGAUUCAUAUGCAGAAUUUGAAAGGACUUGCAUUCAAAGAUGCUAAAGAGCCUUGAGGUGAAAAUGCUCAUUAUGUAACUCUGAUCUCGUGGUGGUAUUUGAAGGAGAAUUUGAACUCCGCCGUGAAUUGUAAAUCAACACUGCACUAAAUAGUAAAGAGUAUAUGCACGCACACACAGUUCACCCUCAUCGUGUUGUAUCUGAAUAUACUCACCUUUGACUCAUAUUGAUAUGAAGAGAAAUACUGAUCCAGACUGCAGAUAUUUGCAUCGUUGCUUUUUUGAACAGAACCAAAAUUUCUGAAUGUUUUUACACAUUCACUGUCUCAGCUGUCGCCAGUUUUAGUGGAAAUUAUAAAAAGGGAAACUCCGUAGUACCCAGGUGGGAUGUAUAGUUCACUUAGCACACAGUCUUGUUGAGAUGACCAUAUAAAAAGUGAGCAUUUAAACAUAGAACAAAUACUGAUUUAAAUUUUCGAGAUCAGUCUUGUUGUGUGGAAGCCUUGAAUCUCCGAAAUGUUUUUUUUUUCUUUUUUAACCUAAGAAAAAUAGCCUUGUUUUAGCCUGGUAAACACAUAUCUUUAAACAAAUUGGUUUUGAAUUGGUAAACCCAAGGGCUGUCAAAGUUUCCAACACAUAAAAUGCAGUCCUUCAACAGAAGUUUAAACAUGAAAUUCAGACCAAAAAACCCCCAAGGAGUACAAUGUCUUCAUCCAGUAUUUUAUAUUUCUUACAAUGGUUUCUGUUCUCUUCAUGUUCUCUGGUGUCUGUUCAGCUCUCCAUUGUUUGCUCAACAGUAAAGGCAUAAAACAAAGCACAGGGCUAACAAUAUUACUGUCAAAGCACCAAAAACCAACAUUUAAUUCACAUUACACCCUCUGUGAAGCAUUAUAUCUUAAAAAGUACAUUCUGAACCCAUGCGUUUGGAGAAAGAUCGCGCUUCUCUGUCAAUGAGACGAAUGCAAGGAGUUUCCAUAGCAUAGUGAACACAAAGACACAAUGCACUCGGUAAGGCUUUACACCAAGAUUCACGACAAUAAGCUUCAAAAAUCCCUCACGUGAAAAGUCAUGCUAUGCAAAACGAAAUGUCCAACUGACAUGAAAAUGUGUUGUGAGGUCUUUGCGAACAUUUUGAGCAUGAAUAACAGUUUGCAGCCUCGGAUUAAAAUGAGUUAAUUUUUUAAGUGUGACUUAUAGACAAGGAAGUAAAAAAAAAAAACAAAGUUGGCGUGGUGACGUGUCCUCACUUGUUAUUUUUGUUGCUGUUGUCUUUGGUGUCUACUGGUGCUCCACAAUAUAUUUGAACAUGAUAAAAAGGUAUAUAAUAACAAUUUACUACACGUUUGUAGCUUGUGCAUUUAUAUUCAGUGAUUUGCAAAAAAAAAAAAAAAGAGUGCUUAACAACUGAGCCAAUGUUAUAUAAGAAUAAUGUACCUUUUCAUCUCAUCUGCUGGGUCCUACAUCCACAGCGGCACAUGGAUUUUGUAUGUAAUGAUCUAUUUGACUGAACAAUGUAACCGUCGUACUGUACAUUACUCUCUGGUUGGAAAAACGAAGCAUGCUGUGUGCUCCUGGGCUGUGAGGGACACUUGCGGUCAUUAUGGUGCUGUCUGUCUUUUCCCACACUGCUCUUUCUGUAAAGGCCAUAGCCUGAUUGACAGCUCCAAGAGGCAUCUGGGUAUGUGUUCCCUUUUAUUUGGGAACACGGUUCUGUAUUAGAACAAUAUCAAGCUGUUGUAUUUGAUGGGCACUCUUUACGACUAGACUUGUUUAAGAGUCUCUGCUUUGGGCUUAGUGGCUCCGGUGGAAAUGGGCUUUGCUCUACAAGUCUCUGUAUCUUUGUUUCUGUCUGUAGUCAACGGUCAAGUAUAUACAGUAUAUAAAUAUAUAUCUAUUUUCUUUGUAUGCAUAUAUUCAUUACUAUUUUUGCACUGACCUACGGACAGAUGGAUUUAUUUUUUUUCACAAAGGGUGCUAUUAUAACGGAGGCCUUCGCCCACACCUUUUUGCAUGACUUGCUCAAAAUUCCCCAACUGGUCUGUCAUCUCUCCUACUCCUUGAACUGUUGCAAUUGAAGCUCUGUAAUUUUGUAAUCCCUACUUGUGAGCUUUGAAAUAAACAGGGAGGCUUCAAGUUUG